AUGGCUCCAACCGCUACGGUCCUUCUUAACGAAGACAAAAACAAUACAGCAGCUGGUGCCUUGGGCCUCACAAAAGAUGGCAGAAAAUUAAAGAUCCGCUCAUACCCCCAGUUCGAGACCUUAAUCGAAGAGAGAAACUACAGAAAACAGCACCUAGCAGCUGCAUUCCGUAUUUUCGCAGAGCGGGGUUUCGACGAGGGUGUCGCAGGGCACAUCUCUGUUCGAGAUCCCAUUUUAACAGAUCACUUCUGGCUAAACCCAUUAUCCAUGCAUUUCUCCCAAAUCAAAGUCUCCGAUUUGAUUCUCGUGAAUGAAGAUGGAGAGGUCGUCGAGGGCGAUGAACCAAUUAACGGAGCGGCUUUUGCUAUCCAUUCUGAGAUUCAUAAGGCACGCCCAAAUGUGAAUGCGGCUUGUCAUGCGCACUCGGUUCAUGGAAAGGCAUUUAGUGCGUUUGGGCGGGAACUGGAUAUGAUCACUCAGGAUGCAUUACGCUUUUAUAAGAGUCAUGCUGUGUAUGAGGAGUUUGGUGGAGUGGUUCUUGAUCGAGAAGAAGGGAUGAAGAUUGCGAAGGCACUUGGGGAUGGAAAGGCUGCUAUUUUGCAGAAUCAUGGGUUACUUACAGUUGGUGAAAGUGUCGACGAGGCUGCUUUCUGGUUUAUCAGUCUCGAUAAAACUUGCCAUGCGCAGCUGCUUGUCGAUGCGGCAGAACUGGGAAGUGGCCAUAAGAGAAAGUUCAUCACUGGCGAUGAAGCUGAAUUUACAGCCAAACAGAUAGGAGGGCCUGAAAAGGGGUGGCUGGCGUUUCAGCCAUAUUAUGAUGAAAUUGUUGCGAAAACACAAGGCGGGUUUCUCUUAUAA